CGCUUCGUAGCGUCUGCAGGCAGGCAGUGCACAUAUAAAUACUAACACAUUCCCAUUGAAAAUUCAUUGCGUUAGCGCAGACCAUGGCGGCUGCCACCAGCAGUAGCACAGCCACAUUGCAGAUCAAACAUUCCAACGUCGAGCAUGCGAGAAAACGCAUAGACCCCAGGAGGAGACAAGCAGCCCUUUCUUUUCUUACUAACAUUUCUUUAGACGGCCGGCCGGUGCAGGAUGACAGCGACAAUCAGGGCGAGGAUGCAGAUGGGGCAAUUGAAGCGAGGACUAGACAGAGCCUGGUUUCUGCAGAAAGGGGGAUCUACCCUCCUGCCGCAGCAUCAGUGGCCCAAGCGCCUUCUGCAGCCAACCAGGCUCUGCUGUACAAUUCGCGAACUGGCUUCGGGAUGAGCCCGCUUGCAGCACCAAUGUGUGCCGACCCGGAAAGAGACGUCUUUGCCAGCGGAGUGCACGGUCCUAACCAGCCUGCGUUCAGCUCUCCUUACCCUGCAGUAGCAGCAGCGGCGAGAGGGAGGCUGCAGUCAUUCACUCAGGGAAUCCUACCUGCCACUUUCUCCAGACAAGCAUCUCAGAAUUACUGUUGUCUGGAACCAGGGCAGAUCGGCAACACUGCCUUUGAGCUACAGAGAUCUAGGCGAAGACUUAUCUCUCAGCGCUCCUCUCUGGAGACCCUGGAAGAUAUUGAGGAAAAUGCUCCUCUGCGCAGAUGCCGCACUCUAUCAGGAUCACCCAGACCAAAGAGCUUCAAGAAGGUUCAUUUUAUUAAGAACAUGAGGCAGCAUGACACCAGGAAUGGCAGGAUAGUCCUUAUCAGUGGCAGAAGAUCCUUCUGUAGUGUAUUUUCAGUGCUGCCCUAUCAAGAUUGUAGCCAAGCAGGGGAGCUGAAGCUGGAGGGUGGACGUCUGCGUCAUCCCUCUGGAGGUGUGGGCGCCAAGGAGAUGGUGAUCGGCCUCGAGGGCAUCGAGCUGGGGGCCGACGGCAAGACUGUUUCCUACACCCAGUUCCUGUACCCUACAAACGCCCUGAUUGCACGAAGGAACACCAUUGACUCCACUGCUUCCUUCUCCCAGUUCCGAAACGCAAGCCAUCGCAACCUUACAUUGGGCAGAGCUAACAGCACCCAGGGAAGCAUUGAUGCAGGGAGUGAUGUUCUAGACUUUUUGGAAUAUGACCCCAACCUUCUAGAUGACCCACAGUGGCCAUGCGGGAAACACAAGAGGGUCCUGAUAUUCCCUUCUUACAUGACCACUGUGAUUGAGUACGUCAAACCAUCUGACCUCAAGAAAGACAUGAAUGAGACCUUUAAAGAGAAGUUCCCUCACAUCAAGCUGACCCUGAGCAAGAUAAGAAGCCUGAAGCGGGAGAUGCGCAAGCUAGCCCAGGACGAGUGCAGCUUCGAGGAGCCCACAGUGGCCAUGGCCUUCGUCUACUUCGAGAAGCUGGCUCUCAAGGGCACGCUCAACAAGCAGAACCGCAAGUUGUGUGCCAGCGCCUGUGUUUUGUUGGCAGCCAAAAUAGGAAGUGAUCUCAAGAAGCAUGAGGUGAAACAUUUAAUAGAUAAACUGGAAGAGAAGUUUCGACUGAACCGGCGUGAGCUGAUAGCGUUCGAAUUCCCAGUGCUGGUAGCUCUGGAGUUUGCUCUGCACCUCGCCGAACAUGAAGUGAUGCCACAUUACAGACGGCUCCUGCAAAGCUCCUAACGCUGGCUUAUCAUCAGGAGAGCGUUUUGCCACUCUUCUGAUCUGGGCUUCUGUUCAGCUGACUCCACAAGAGCUCCUUUCACUGCUAGAAACAUCAAUAAUCAGCCUGAGAUAAAAGGGUCAAAACUACAUUUUUUUUGUUUGUUUUUUUAUUCAUCAGAAGUGGCUUACUCCUUUUGAAAGCCUGUUGCUUAGGAUAUUUCGGGUUGCUAAGGGGCAAAAGUGACAACCUAAAAAGCAGUGCUGAUGUGUAUACAAAAGAGAGAAAAACCCAUUCCCUAUCUUUGUACCAAGAGGAUGUACGGUUAGGGGAGAAAGCUAUAACUGUCAGUAAAAGAUGCAGUAUUCAUGGUUUUUUAAUUUUCUUGUGCUACCAUGUUAAACUGAUUUAUACCAGUAAAUCAGUGCUUUGUUAGGGGAGUGGGAAGAAGAUUCUUUUUUUUGUUUUUAGCCUUUGUUUUCUCUCGGAGCUUUUCCUUAAAGUGGAAGCAUUGUACCGCACAGCUCUUCAGGCUGAUAAAGAUCUUGCCCCUAUUGUUUUGAUAGGCCUUUUCACUGCUUUGAUGGUGUAAUAACCACCAGUGGCUAUAUACAGAUCCUUAUUCAGGGGAAAUUGUAUUUACUUCUCAUAAGUCAGUGGUAUGGAAAGGCUGUGAUGUGUUUGUUUUAAAAAGUCCACCUGACACCUUUUUGGUAAAUUAAAUUUUAUAGGGACCAUUCUGAUCAAUUUGCUAUAACCUAAGAACUUUUCUUGUCUUUUACCAUUGCAUACCAUAUAGCCAGCAUUUGCUUUUUCAGUGUUAAUGUCAGCUUCACCAAAAAAAGAAACAUUUUAGUAAUGGAGUUUUCAUACUUUAGUGUACACUACUUCUUUUUUGAUACUUUCCUGUGCUUUUGUUUCUACAUGUGGAGACUGUAACUACACCCUUUAGUGUUUUAUUUCCCAUGCUCUAUGUUAGAGCCUAUUAUAAGCACAUUUAUCGUGCUACUAUGUGUGUGAGGAGGGAUCUGAAAUAAUGUAAACCAGUGUAAAUAGAGUUGGGCAAUAUGUACAAGAGGUAUUGACGGUGGAGAUUAAAAACAGUGGUUGGUUUAAUGGGAUUCUGCAGUGAAGUCACAAAAUUGUUUCUUUUUUUCUUUAAAUCAAGCAAGUUCCAGUUAAGCUGGAAGAUCAUAUAGGCAGGGUCCUGUGACAUACACUUUAUAAAGCAUCUAUAAAUAUGAAACACUCCCUAGUGCUGAAUUUAGAAAUACUAAAAAAAACUUAAAUUCUUAGUGUUUCUAAUAAAGUAAGCAGUGUAGUGAAGUAAAGAACAGGAAUUCAGGUUUGUAUUAUGAAUUUAACAAGCUCCUACCCUUCUUCACCAGAAUCCCUGCAGUUGUUUUGAAUCCAACCAAAAAAAAUGUAGAGCUGCUUUAUUAUUUCAUUUAUGUUUUAUGGCGCUGUUGAAAGCUAAUCGAACAUUGUGGCACAAAAACAACUAUAUAUAGUGUUAUAUGCUGUGUACGCUGCGUCUCACCACUGUCAUCUGUGAAACAGGAGGGGAAAAAAUAGUAGCAGGGUUCCAAACAAUAUAGCGUUGCACGUCCCCAGGUGUUGCUACAACUGCUUAAAUAUCGUACCUAUAAUUUUUCUUUAUAAUUAACAUCCUUUCAGCUUUUACACUUACAGCUUUAUAGUCUGUUUCAAAGCUAUUUUUUAAAUGUCUGCUCUAGUGCCCUAGGGUUUGAGAUCUGUCCUCUAAUUAGUGGUUUCAACCCUGGUCCUGGAGACCCACUGUGUCUGCUGGUUUUCAUUCCAGCUGAGCUCUGUUACUAAACUAGACCCUUAAUGAAAUGAUAAUUGGCUUAAUUAGACCUUUUUAACCCUCAAUACUGCAUCUCCAGCCCUGCCCCACUCCUUGUUCGCUGUAUUUAUC